CUCCGCACCAUACCAAACAUUACUUCCACAUAUCAAAGCUGGCAGCGCAAACAUGUCGAUCACUCACACUGUACUCUUUCAGUUCAAAGACGAUGUCGACCAAAAAGAUAUAAGAAAAACAUGUGAUGAUUUCCUUCAACUGAAAGAUCAAUGCAUCCAUCCUACAAGCAACAAGCCAUACAUUUUAUCAUUGCAAGGUGGCAAGGAUAACUCGCCUGAGGGCAUGCAGAACGGGAUAACCCAUGGGUUCGUUGCAACCUUUGAGUCGGCAGAGGAUCGUGACUACUACGUCAAGACUGACCCAGCUCAUCAGACCUUCAUAGCUAAUGUGGGUGGUCUUCUUGAGAAAGCGAUUGUGGUUGACUUUACGAAUGGCGUCUACUAGGGUCAACUCGACACUUUGCUGCUGAAACCAAACCCUACUUUAACCCCCAUAUCAAAUGAAAAUCAACUAGACACAGCCUGCUUAUUUCAAGUAGCCAACAAUACAUAGAAUCGGGACACUUUAGCCAAAAUCAGCAUGAAGACGAAGAAGAUACCGAAAUCAAUGCGGCGUGCAUUUAUAACUACCCCAUACGUCCGUAACACGAUCCAGAGGUCCCACGGUCCUUUCCCAGCCGAAUAUCUUGCAUGCUGACCCAAUGUUCCGAUGCCAAUGGAAGGCUAAGCAAAGUGACAUGUCCCUGGUCUUGGUGGCCCAUCA